CAGUGCCCCCGUCACUCCCCAUCUCCUAUAUAAGCCCACAAAGAUCGCAUCCAUUUCUGCAUUGCAUCCCACACUCUUCCAUCAUCUCCGUCGUGACACGUUGGGCAAGAAGCGAUCGAUGGACGAGUCGGGCAAGAAGCAGUCUCCGAACUCGAGCUCCUCCCAAUCUCAAUACAGGGGCGUGAGGAAGAGGAAAUGGGGCAAGUGGGUGUCGGAGAUCCGGCAGCCCGGCACCAAGACCCGCAUAUGGCUCGGCAGCUUCGAGUCGGCCGAGAUGGCGGCGGUGGCGCACGACGUGGCGGCGCUGCGGCUGCGCGGCCGGGACGCGCAGCUCAACUUCCCGGGGUCAGUGGACCGGCUGCCCCGGCCGGCGAGCUCGCACCCGGACGACGUCCGCGCCGCGGCGGCGGAGGCGGCCGAGCUCGUGCGGGGCGAGCCGGCGCUGGUGGCGCGGGGGGCAGCCGAGUGCCCCGGGUGGGAGCUGGUGGGCGGGAGGGGGAGCGACGAGGAGUUCGAGGUCGACUCGCCCAAGCUAUGGGCCGAGAUGGCGGAGGCCAUGCUGCUGGAGCCGCCAGCGUGGGCCACGGGCGCCAGCGAGAUGGACCACGCCGCGCACUGCUGGUCGCACGGGUCCCUCUGGGACGCCUACUAAGCUCGGCCCGCGGGCCGAUGUGUAUGACCGUUAAUUAGGGGUCCGUACGGCACGUGCCAUUGACCUCAGUACCUCGCAACUCCUUUCUCUGGAGAGGGGUACAUGGAGUCGACGUCCAACGCGAGGCGUUCGAGCCUCACGGGGCUACUCAGAAUUAGCCUAUGUGUGUGCGCGAGUGUGUUAUGUGUGUGUUUUCUUUUCGUUGCGUUUGGCUUGAGAUCCUUUGCGGCAUCAUAUCGGCCUGUAUCGGGUUUGUUAGUCAGCUCAUUACCCGCAGAUAAUCCGGGAUUCUAAGUUGCUCAGGGCAGUGAUCCUUUGAGCUUAUUUAUGGAAAAGUCAUCUUCUUAGCUCCAGCUCACAUGCCCCUGCCAUGAACAGUAAAUUCAAAAAUAACUGUAAAAAAAAUCGGAAAAUUAUGAAUUUUUUUGUGCGAAACAUUGAUGAAAGUCUUGAGUGUUUGCAAAGUUUUAUUCUGAAAUGAUAUUUGUGGAAGUUAUACAAAAAAAAUCGAUGCUACAAAAUGCUUUUGAAGUUAACAUUUUUGGACCGUUUUUUUUUUUCACGACUUCCACGAAUGUUAUUCCAUGAUGAAACUUUGCAAGUACUCAAAAUAUUCAUCAAUAUUUGCCACACAAAAAAUCAGAUUAAAAAAAUAGUUUCAGAUUUUACAAUUCACACGAGCUCAUUUGAGCUUGAGCUAAGAUACUCCGCAUCCCUUAUUUUUGGCUAUAUGAUUGAAUAGUGGAAAAAGAAUCGAAUCUUCAAUUCGGUGCCCGGGCUCAUAUGCACCCAGUGAACAAUAAAAUAAGAAAGUAGCAAAAAAAAAGGAUGCAAGAUGCUUGAGUGCCGCAGGUGCGUGCAAAAAUUCAUGACUAAAUGACAUUCGAAGAGCUCGCGGCAAAAAAGACAAAAUUAGCUCCGAACAUUGUUGUUUUC